AAAAAUGAGCAAGUGAAAUUGGAGAGAGUACUCAAGGUAGCAUCGAUGAAAGACAAAACAGUUAUCUUAACAACAUUGAAUGAAGCAUGGGCAGUUCCAAAUUCAGUUUUUGAUUUGUUUCUUGAGAGCUUUAAAAUAGGAGACAACAUCAAACAUCUGUUGAGUCAUUUGGUGAUCAUUGCAAUGGAUCAGAAGGCAUAUGAGCGUUGUUUAGAAGUGCAUCCUCAUUGCUAUGCUUUGAAUGUAGAAGGAGUUGAUUUCACCAAGGAAGCAUAUUUUUUGAGCCCAGAAUACUUGAAAAUGGUCUGGAGUAAGAUUGAUUUUCAGAGAAGUGUUCUCGAAAUGGGUUACAACUUCCUUUUCACG